GUCAUUUCACUUUUUGUUUAUAUUCUAAUCUGUUUUCCUCAUGGUUGAAAUACGUAGUAAACAGUUGCUUUUCAUAUGAUUCCUAUUAUAUUCUUUUUUUCAUUUUUGUAUAAUUCGAUGAAAGAAUUUUGUGCCUUAGAUGAAUACCGCUAUCGAUGAUGACUUCCAAAUUAUUCUGGUUAUUGCUUGUAAUGUUACUCAGUAUUUCAACUUUUGGAUUAUGGAUGUGCUGCUUAAUAUUUAUUUGCCUUUUUUCUUGUUUUUUGGGGGGUUUUAUCAUGGCUUGCUCAGAGAGAAAUCUAAAAUUAUAUGUUAAUUUUGAUGCAUCUUCUAAAGCAAAUGGCAGAGAGGGCAUUCCUUUUUUUGGUAUUCCUAAGGUUGUUUUAAAAAUGAACCAACCUUCUGCUGCUCCAAAAUUUGAUCAGCGACUCACUGGUUCUAAUGAAAUAGAUAAUCAGUUAAGAGAAAUUCUGUCUUAUAUAAUAAGGGAUUUUAUUCAAUCUUGGUAUCAGGAUGUUUCGUCAAAUACCGAUUUUGUCAGUGGAUUCAAUGAUAUAUGUAAAAAUUUGAUCAAUAAUUUUUCUAAAAGUUCAAAAGAAGUAAACUGGAUAUCAUUUUUUACACAGAGAGUUGUUGAAGACUUCACUUUCCAUCUUAGAUUAUUUAGAUAUGCAGAAAUUGCUUAUCGUAAGAGACACCGAGAAAAUCCUGACAGUUAUUUAACCUUAGAAUCUGUAUUUUUUGAGAAGGAAGCUGAAUUUGAAAAAAAUAUUUGUAGAGAAGAUGUAUGUUCAUGUUCUGAUAAGGAAAAAGAAUAUCUGCAGUGCAUUUGUGAUGUAUUAUUGUAUUUAUUGCUUCCACCAGAAGAUUUCAAUAACUCAAUACUAAAACAUUUCUUGCGAGAGGUGUUAUCAUCAUCAGUAUUACAGCCUUUGUUAUCUCAGUUCUCUGAUCCUGAUGUAAUUAAUCAAAAUUUAAUUUGGUUGUGUAAGGAUCAUGCAGUCAAUAGCAAGAUUUUACUUGCAAUUCUAAGAAGAACAGAUAACAUAGAUGAAUUAGCAGCGUUUCUACAAAUUUCAAAGCAUGAACUCAAAGUACAAAAUUCUAAAGAUAGUGGAGAUAAAGAUGAAAUGAAAAAGUACAUCAAAAGUAUUUCAUUUGUACAAAAUAUUGCUCGUGUAAAGUAUGAAAGAUUAAAAGGUCAUUCAAAGAAUAGUGAAGUUGAUUCAGCUGAAUUUUAUUUAGAGGAUUUUGAUUCAACUGACGCACCAAUGUUUGAGAAGACUGAAAAAUUAGUUUCUCUUCCUUUCGAUGUGAUUCUAAAUAAUAACAUAGCUUUGCAUUAUUUUACUCAAUACUUAGUAAAUAUUGAUGCUGAAGGCUAUGUAUUUUUUUAUCAUAAUGUUGAAGGUUUUAGAACGACUGUAGAAAUGAUGCGAGUAGAGGACUCAAAGCUGUGUGAUGGUGAAGUGUCAUCAAAUGAAAAACUCAGAGCUUUAGCUGUACAGCUGUAUGAAUCUUAUUUUGGUCCAGAUGCUGUUUCUAAAAUAAAUCUGGAUGAAAAUCUAUUAAGAAAAUUUUCAUCUAGACUGAAAACUGAAACAAUAACUGAAUCAUUUUUUGAUGAACUCCAAGAAAAGGUGUAUGACAUUUUAGAAAAUGAGCAUUAUUUGAAUGGUUUUAAAGAUUCGAAAAUGUAUGUCAAAUUACUUGCAGAACUUGAUUUACUUCAUGACAUGAGUCCAAGUUCAGAUCUGGACAGUUUGUCAUCUUCAAAGUCAGAGGAAGAAGAAAAGUUUAAUUGUGAUACUGUUGUCCCAACUGAUGAAGAAAUGCUAAAUGAACUUCUAACAUCAGAAAUCCAAACAGAUCUGGAAUUUCCACAAAUGUCUUCUGGACCAAUAUCAGAUGAGAAUAAAGAAAUUGGUAUAUUAUUUGCAGAAGUACAUAGCACUGGCAUAACUCAUCAUGCUGGCAGAACAUUUGCAGUUUAUGCAAUAUCAGUUAGCCAUUACAGAGCUGAUGGUUCUGAAGAGAAAUGGUUUGUUGUACGCCGUUACAGUGAAUUUUAUGACUUCCAUGAUGCAGUCACUUCAAAGUUUCCUUUAUUGGCCUCCUUCAAUUUUCCCUCUAAGAAACCUUUCAACAAUCUGACACGACAACUUAUGGAAAAGCGCCGUCACAUGCUGAAUGAAUUCAUACAGUUUCUUCUUGCUCCUGAUAUUCUGGCAGCUUGUAAUGGCUUAAAAUUAAUGGUGUAUAACUUUCUUCAACCAAAUGUGACAGAAAAGGCUAAGAAAUCAUUUGUUAGAUCUGUUAGUACUCUUGUAAAUCCAAUUAAAUCUUCAGUAAAGUCUGUUGGUCAAUUUGCAAGAAUGGUACCAGAUACAUUUUUCGAAUUGAAAGAUGGGUUCCUAAAAAAUUUCUUCAGAAACCAUGAGAUUGAUUCUGUCAAUGAAGUGAAACCAAUGAUUUUUAAGGAUAAUAGAACAGAUGAUAUACCUUUCAGAAUAAUGUUGCUGCUUAUGGAUGAAGUUUUUAAUUUAAGAAAUAAAGAUUUGUGGUUUCGAAGGAGAAUUAUGGCUUUGCUGAGACAAAUUAUUAAAACAAUGCAGGGUGGUGCCAUCAAUCGCAAAAUAAGAGAUUAUGUACAAGGUAUGACUAGUGCUUCUCAAAUUGCUGAAUGGUUGAAACUGCUUAGCAAAAGUAUAUGGCCUGAUGGAAAAUUGGCUGCUGAAACUCCUGAAAGGGAUUAUAAUACUAAAAUGAGAACACGGAUGUUAACUAAAAUGCUUUUGUUUGCAGCCAUUCCAGAUGAACUCAAGCAUAUUAUUGGCUAUGAGACGUCUUUUAAAGGUGCCAUGCUCAUUUUCAACAUGUUUCAGUAUCCAUCCCUGAAUCGUCGUCUUCUAUUGGUCCUGUUUGAGAGCUUUCUGAAGACCUUAUUCCCUAACAAUCAAAUUCCAAAUCUGAUCAAAAAAUUGCAUUCACAGUCAGCUAGAUUAGUUGUCUCACCUUCUGCUUCCAUGGACAACCUGAAGGACUUUGAAGUGGUUCCAAAGGAAAUCCAAAAAACUACCGAUAUCAUUUCCCAUUCGCCAGAAGCUUCCCAAAAGUCACCUGAAGUUGUUGUUGCAAAAACAAAGUCUGAGAUUAAGGACAAAUCAAAAGUCAAAGUACGUAAUGAGCCAAAGAGCAAUUUUUUUCUUGAGUGCCUUCCUCAAUCAAGUUUCUUGUCUAGUCCAAAACCACCAAAAAAAAGGAAAAAAUCAGUUGAAUCAGCCAGAUUUUACACUGAUUCAUUAACUGAUGAAGAUACUGUUAUCCUGCCUGUAGGUAGAUGACAUCAAAUAUUGUGCAAUUUCAUUUUUGUAUUUUCCUUUACAGGGGACCAGUUUUAUUUUAAUAUUAUUUUUUUACUGUGGUAUAAAAUAUACUUCUAUAUUUAAUGCUUAUUUUUUGUGCUCAAUAACAGCUAUAGCUAUGUAUAUUAUUGUAAGCUUUUACAUUCCAUUACUAGUGGCCAUAUGUAGAAAAUAAAAUAGCUGUUUUGUUUAUAGAAUUGAAUAUUCAAUUGCAGCUGUGUUAUUUUAGUUAUUUUGUAUGUAUUAUUUUAGAAAAUUGUGGUAUUUACAAAAAAAGAAGUUGUUUCGAAACAAGUGUAAUUUCAAAUUGGGAAUAUUAGAAACUACAUUCCAAUUGGCUGCUGGGUUUCUUCCCCCCUCCUUAUUUUACAUUGUUUUAUUUAUUUUUAUUGCGUUGUUGUGCGUGAGUAUUACAGAAAUUUAUGAGUGAGUAUUCUGAAAAUAUAUAUAUACAUCUAUGUA